AUGUCGCAAUUGUAUGACCCCAUGGGUCUCGUCGGGCCUGUAGUAGUCAGCUGUAAAGUGUUCGUGCAACGGCUGUGGGCUGCAAGUGUCGAGUGGGAUGCUCCACUUUCCGAAGACGAUCGCUCCUGGUGGAAUGAAUUUCGUGAUGGUAUACAAGAUCUCCAACGUCUCUCCAUCCCCCGUCGUGUUUUGGCUAACGUCGAUAAUGAGUUCACAUUGCAUUGUUUCUGCGAUGCGUCGGAACGUGCCUAUGGAUGCUGUGUGUAUGUGGUAAGCAAGGGAUCAGAUGAUCGUACUUAUAGCCAGCUGUUGAUCGCUCAGUCUCGCGUCGCACCUCUUCGUAAUCUGACCAUUCCGAGACUUGAGCUGUGUGCGGCAGUUCUAGCCAGCCAGAUGAUGGAAAAAGUACGGACAACAACAGAAUUCGAUGGACCAACGGUGUUUUGGUCCGACUCAACUGUCGUGCUACACUGGAUUCGAUCUCCACCCCCAGAUUGGAAGCCUUUCGUAUCGAAUCGAAUUGCCGAAAUACAGAGGUCAACAAAAAAUUCCCAGUGGAGACACAUUCGCACCGAUGUCAACCCAGCUGAUAUCCUUUCUAGAGGGGCAUGGCCCUCCCAGAUUCUCGACAACGAUCUUUGGUGGCAUGGACCAGACUUUCUCGUGGCCGCUCCGGAGUUCUGGCCACCCGUUUUACCAACCUCCAACCUUCAAUCUGUGGACCGAGACGAGAUGAACAUUGAAAAGCGUCAACAUGACUCGUUGCUCUCACGAUUUGCCGAACUCAGCCGACUGCUGAAGGUCGUAGCCUGGUGCCUUCGUUUCUACCACAAUUUUCGCCUGCCAGUUGGUUUUCGUCGUGUUGGAGUUCUGACCCCAUCGGAAAUUGAAGAUGCGUUGAAAGCUUUGAUACGUCUCGAACAAGCUAGUGGCUUCCAAGCAGAGCUGCAUCAAGUACAAGUGAGCAAACAAACAAACACUCCUUUGGAAUUUCAUGCCAAAUCGCCUCUCAAGGGCAUGAAUAUUCUUUACGACAGCGAAGGAUUUUUACGUUUGGACGGUCGAUUGCGCAAUUUGAACAAAUCGUUCGAUUCAAAACAUCCAUACAUUCUCCCAGCCGACGGAAAACUAAGUUUGCUGCUGGCACGAUCAUUGCAUCUGCAAACUGCUCACCCAGGACCAUCUCUCCUACUCGCAACGAUGAGGCAGCGCUUUUGGCCCUUGCAAGGCCGAAUCCUAGUCCGCAAGAUAGUCAGAAAUUGCGUGACUUGUUUUCGCUGUCGACCAACACUAGCACACCAACAAAUGGGUCCUCUACCGGCAGUGCGACUUAAUCCAGCUCGAGUAUUUUCCAGAUGUGGUCUGGACUACUGCGGGCCAUUUAACGUUCGUCCGUUGUACGGGAGGGGGGCAAGCCUAAAAAUGUACGUCGCGGUAUUCGUUUGCCUUUCGGUGAAGGUUAAGGCAGUCCAUUUCGAAGUCGUUCCGAACCUAACGUCGUCUGCGUGUAUAAAUGCGAUCAAACGGUUCGUGGGUCGCCGCGGUCGGUUACUCGAAUUGCAUUGCGACAAUGCAACAACCUUCGUCGGCGCUAACUCCGAAAUGAAAGCAAUUCGUCAGCAGUACCUGCAGCAGUUCCGCACGAAUCAAUGGGACAACUAUUGUCUUGAUUCGGGCAUCUCGUUCCACUUCAUUCCGGCUAGAUCCCCACAUUUUAGUGGACUGUGGGAGGCGGGGGUGAAGUCAUUCAAAUACCAUUUUCGUCGCAUAUUCGGAGGACGAUCGUACACCUACGAUGAGUUCUCGACAGCUGUAGGCCAAAUAGAAGGUACCCUCAACUCUCGGCCUCUCAUUCCCCUCACAGACCACCCCGACGACCUUGAAGUGAUGACGCCAGGGCAUUUCAUCAUUGAGGAACCGUUGUUCUCAAUCCCCGAGCCCGAAAUAGCAGAACCGCGCUGGUCCAGAGAUUACGUUAGCCAACUUCAACAGCGAUCCAAAUGGCGACAGGCGGUCAAAAAUGUCGACGUGGGAAAUCUCGUCCUUCUACGACACGACAAUCUACCCACGUACCAAUGGAACCUCGGCCGAGUAGACGAAACGAUCAAAGGCGAAGAUGGGCUGGUGCGCGUAGUGCUGGUCCGAACUGCGCGUGGUGUGUUCCGCCGAGCUGUUACCGAAAUCUGCGUGCUGCCGGUCGAUACUGCUGACGGUGACGACAUCGAUGCUGACGAAGCUGGAGACCAAGGAGGUGCUGCUGUUCAAGAAGGUUGA